AUGAUAAGCUCUAGCAUAAUUAGAUGUGUUUCGCACCCUUUUACCGUUAAAGCCGGAGUAAGCCCUUUUAUUAGGCAUUCCAGCUGGUUUUCGAAACUUAUAUAUCCUUUCUCAAGCCCUGGUCAGUCGAUAACCGAUUCCUACAAACCCUCGAGCGCCAAUGGAAAUCAGUGUUUUUUGCCAAUCCGCAGUGAUUCAGAGCUCGAAGAUACCUUGAGAGCCAACAACAGAAUGCCCUUGAUCCUGAACUUCACAGUGCGGGGAAAUUCUAAGUGCAAUGAAUUAACAGGCGCCCUUAAUAGAAUAGUGCUCUUAGAAACUGAUAAGAAAGUCAACAUCGCCGACGUCGAGACAGAUUACAUGGACGUAAGGGACUCUAUGCUGAGAUUUGGUGUACAACAUGUGCCAACUUUAGUCGCCGUCAGGAAAACGUUUUUGGUCGACUCCUUGGUGGGUGAUGAGAAGCCUGUCAAUUGGCUGGAUCUGAAAAAAUGGAUAGAAAAGAACGCUGAUUAA